AUGCGACGCUUCGACGCUGCUCGUGCCGGCCUACUGGUGGGCGGCGACCGACGCCACCGGCGCGUGCACCACGCAGACUUUUACGCGCUGGCCGCCGCCGGCGCCGCCGCCGUGGCCGUCGUGAACCCGGACAACGGGCCCAUCGACGCCAGCGACGCCAACUUCGCCGCCUUCGCCGCCUGCGUCGCCGCGCUCGGCGACGCGCGCGCGGUCGGCUACGUGUACACGAAGAUCGCCGAGGAGACGAGCCCGGGCGUCUGGGAGCAGCGCGCGUUCCGCGACGCGGGCGACGUCGAAGCGGACCUCGACGCCUGGGCCGCGUCGGGCCUCGUGGAGGGAGUAUUUCUCGACGAGGUGUCGAACUCGUGGGCGGCGAGCUCGAGCGGCUGGGCGGACGACGCUACGACGGCCGCGGACCACGAGGCCUACUACGCGGAGAUCUUCGCGGCGGCGCGGUCCAGGUUCUCCUUCGUCGUGGCGAACCCCGGGUCCCCGUAUCCCCUGUCCUAUCUCGACGACGAUGACGCGCCGGACGUCGUCGUGCUCUCCGAGGCCGCCUACGCCAAGUGGGCGCCGUCGGCGGCCGGCGGCACGUGCGCCGACCAGCUCUGGACCGAUGCCCAGGGCUCCUUCGACGAGGGGCCGUUCUGCGCGUACGUGCCCGACUGGGACGGCGUCGACGGCCUCAAGGACGUCGUCGACGCGCGGAGCUCGUCGACGGCGCAGGCGGCCCUGCUCUACGGCACGGACCCGGCCCUGGACGCCGCGGCCUUCGUGGCGGCGGCCUACGACGCGGGCGUCGACUACGUCUACGUGACGGACCGCCCCGUCGCGACGCCCUGGGACGAGCUGCCGACGUUCUGGGACGCGCUCGUCGCGGCGGUGGCCUCCGGCGACGACGGCGACGACGACGCCUGCGGCGACUCGUCGUCCUGGUCCUACGGCGCGAGCGGCAAGGGCUGCGCGAAGCUCCUCGAGGACCCGUCGCGCUGCAAGAAGAAGAGCUAUGACAAGGUCAUGGGCUACGAGGCGUGCCCCUACGCCUGCGGCCUCUGCGACGCCGCGAGCGACAGCGACAGCUGGUACGCCAACGGCAAGCCCAAGAACUCCUGCACGUGGAUCUCCAAGAGCCCCGACGCGCGCUGCGGCAAGAAGGACGACGCGGGCGUCAAGGGCUCCAAGGACGAGCGCGACUUCCGGCCCGCGUCCCUCAAGGAGAUCCAGGAGAAGAAGGGCUACGUGCCCUUCAAGCUCGUCUACCACCACAGCGCGGGCCACGACGUCGACAUCAACCUCGGAUGCUUCCUGAGCUGCGAGGACCUCGGCAUCAUCGGCAGCCUCUUCAUCGUGCUCUGGAUGUGCCUGCUGGGCAUCUACACGCUCCUCCUCAAGGCGGCGCUCGACACGGACGAGAAGUCGACGGCGCUCUGGAUCUUCUUCGCGUUCGGCGUCAUCUUCACGCUCUUCGUGACGGGCUCCGUGGGCAUGAACCGCGUCGAGACCGCGCUCAAGGAGAAGUACAACCCGACCCAGGAGAUCGGCCUCAAGGAGUAGACACACGAGCCCCCUCCCGGCGGGCGCCUCCCCUCUAAAAAAGCGUUACGCGCG